AUGGAACAAAAUAGACCUAAAACUACGCUGCAAAGGUCAAGAAAGGGGAAGAAGUCAUGGAGGAAAAAUAUUGAUAUCGAUGAUGUUGAAAAAGGGUUAGAAGAAGCAAAAACUAGACAGAGACUUCUUGGAGAUGAUAAUGAUGAUUUCAUAAUAGAUACGGAAGGAGAUGUAUCCAUAGGAGGAAAAUCAGGAAAAAAAUUAAAGAGUACUGAGAUCUUGUCGAAUAAAUCGAAAGUGAAGCCUUUGGCUAUCGAGAGAAAUAACAGGAAAAUCCAAGGUGUUAACAAGCAUGAAGUGCACAGGUUGAUGAAGUUAUCCGGAAAGGUGAAUGGGGAAUCCAAGUUAAAAACAAGAGUUGACAAAGAUGGGUUAUUUAGAGCAAAGAAUGAAGAUCUUUGGGGUGAAGAACCUGUUGAUAAUACACCAGAGAUUUUACUUAAAAAGUCCUCCAGUGGACAUACCAAAGCUAAGAAUGCACCAAAAACAAUGAAGACAGAAGCUAUUAGGUUGAGCGAACAAGAGAAACAGGUUGAUGCAGGAAAAUCUUAUAACCCAUCUUUGGCUUCUUGGAAAGCUUUGAUAAAUAAAGAAUAUACUACUGAACACGAGAAGGAAUUGAAACGUCAAGAACUCAUUGAUCACCAACAGCGUAUCAAAAACUUAAUUGCCAACUUGGAUGAAAAUGAAGAGGCAUCAUCUGAAGACGAGCAAAAUGAGGAAGAUGAAGAAGAAGACGUUGACAAAGAUUUUAAGUUAUCGAUAAACAAGCCAACACAAGUUAAGAUUAAGACAAAGUCAAAGAGAAACAGAGAAACUAAGCAUAAGCAAAGAAUGGAGUUAGAACAACAAUUGAAGGAAUUAAAGCAUCAAAUCAAGGAAUUAGCGAAAUUAGAUGAGUAUAAUGAAUUGGUAUCAGCAAAACAUGAAGCAAAACAAACUACAAAAUCAAAAUCAAAGAAAACAAAGAAGUUAUUUAAGUACGAUUCCAUAACCAGACCUUUAGAGGUAAAAUUGUCUGAUGAGCUUACCAAUAAUUUAAAGAAUUUGAAACCUGAAGGUAAUUUAUUUUAUGAUUCUAUGAUCAACUUACAAGAAAAUGGUUUAAUUGAAACAAGAGUUCCAGUAGCCAAGAGAAGAAGAUACACACCAAAGAUCACUGAAAAAUGGACCUAUAAAGAUUUCAAAUGA